CCCUACUGUGCAGACGUUAGCAGCUGGCCGUACCGUACUCGUGGAAUUUCAUCAAAUCGAAUUUAAAUUGCAAGCAAAGGCAGCAAAAAUGUCAUUAAAGCUCACAGCGAACAUCAACAGUCCGCCUAUAAGUGGGCUGGCAACGGCGCAUCUUAUCAGCGGAACGGUGCCCGUGGAGAUAGUCUGGAGCAAGGAGGAGACCUCGCUGCAGUUCCCGGACAACCGCCUGCUGGUGUGCCACUCGAACAACGAUGUUCUGCGCGCCCUGGCCCGUGCCGCUCCCGACUACAAGCUGUACGGCGAGACGGCCAUCGAGCGGACACAGAUCGACCAUUGGCUGUCCUUCUCGCUGACCUGCGAGGACGACAUCUCGUGGGCAAUGUCCUUCCUGGACAAGUCCAUUGCGCCGGUGACCUAUUUGGUGGCCAACAAGCUGACCAUCGCCGACUUUGCCCUCUUCAACGAGAUGCACUCGCGUUAUGAGUUCCUCGCCUCCAAGGGCAUCCCCCAGCAUGUCCAGCGCUGGUAUGACCUGAUCACUGCCCAGCCGCUGAUCCAGAAGGUGCUGCAGUCGCUGCCGGAGGAGGCCCGCUCCUCGGCGAAGCGCUUGAAGCGCAGUCCAAAUUCCUCCAAGGAGCAGACGCCAGCCAAGACCGGAGAGCGCAAGCAAGAGGGAAAAUUCGUGGAUCUUCCGGGCGCCGAGAUGGGCAAGGUUAUUGUCCGUUUCCCCCCAGAGGCUUCGGGCUACCUGCACAUCGGACACGCCAAGGCGGCGCUGCUCAAUCAGUACUACGCCCUGGCCUUCCAGGGCACACUCAUCAUGCGCUUCGACGACACCAAUCCGGCCAAGGAGACGGUCGAGUUCGAGAAUGUUAUUCUCGGCGACCUGGAGCUGCUCCAGAUCAAGCCGGAUGUCUUCACGCACACCUCCAACUACUUUGAUCUGAUGCUCGACUACUGCGUCCAGCUGCUGAAGGAGAGCAAGGCCUAUGUGGACGACACACCGCCCGAGCAGAUGAAGCUGGAGCGCGAACAGCGCGUGGAGUCGGCUAAUCGAUCCAACUCUGUGGAGAAGAAUCUGUUGCUGUGGCAGGAGAUGGUCAAUGGCUCGGCGGCGGGACAGAAGUGCUGCGUACGUGCCAAGAUUGACAUGUCCUCGCCGAAUGGUUGCAUGCGUGAUCCCACCAUCUAUCGCUGUAAGAACGAGCCGCAUCCCCGCACAGGCACCAAAUACAAGGUCUAUCCAACAUAUGACUUUGCCUGCCCCAUUGUCGAUGCCAUCGAGAAUGUUACCCACACACUGCGCACCAUGGAGUAUCACGAUCGGGACGAUCAGUUCUAUUGGUUCAUCGAUGCCCUGAAGCUGCGCAAGCCGUACAUCUGGGAAUACAGUCGCCUGAACAUGACCAACACGGUGUUGUCCAAGCGCAAGCUCACGUGGUUCGUGGACUCUGGCUUGGUGGAUGGUUGGGAUGAUCCUCGUUUCCCCACAGUGCGCGGAAUCCUCCGGCGCGGCAUGACCGUUGAGGGUCUCCGGGAGUUCAUUAUUGCCCAGGGCAGCAGCAAGUCUGUGGUGUUCAUGAACUGGGACAAGAUCUGGGCGUUCAACAAGAAGGUGAUCGAUCCCAUUGCUCCGCGUUACACGGCCCUCGAGCAGGAAAAGCGUGUGAUUGUAAAUGUGGAGGGGGCCAAACUGGAGCACAUCCAAGUGCCGGUCCAUCCCAAGGAUGAAGCACUGGGCAAGAAAACUGUCACCUUAGGACCUGGCAUCUACAUUGAUUACGUGGAUGCCGAGGCCCUGAAGGAGGGCGAAAAUGCCACCUUCAUCAACUGGGGAAAUCUGCUGAUCAAGAAAGUCCACAAGGAUGGCUCCGGCAACAUCACGUCCGUCGAUGCUGCCCUCAAUUUGGACAACAAGGACUUCAAGAAGACCCUCAAGCUGACGUGGCUGGCUGUGGAAUCCGAUCCCGCUGCCUAUCCACCCACCUUCUGCGUAUAUUUCGACAACAUCAUCAGCAAGGCUGUCCUUGGCAAGGACGAGGACUUCAAGCAGUUCAUUGGCCACAAGACACGCGACGAGGUCGCCAUGCUGGGCGAUCCCGAGCUGAAGAAGUGCAAAAAGGGCGACAUCAUCCAGCUGCAGCGUCGCGGAUUCUUCAAGGUGGACAAUGCCUAUGCUCCGCCCAGUCCGUACUCGAAUGUGCCCUCGCCCAUCAUUCUGUUCUCCAUUCCCGAUGGCCAUACCAAGGAUGUGCCCACCUCUGGCCUCAAGAUCAAUGCAGCGGAUGCCAAGACAACGAAAAAGUCAUCCUCUCCGGCAGCCAGCACUGUAUCUGCUGGAGCUUCCAACGACAAGGCUGCGGAACUGGACAAACUGAUUGGCCUGCAAGGCGAUUCGGUGCGUGAACUGAAGACCAAGAAGGCCCCCAAGGAGCAAGUCGAUGCUGCGGUGAAGAAGCUGCUCGGCCUGAAGGCGGACUACAAGGCAGCCACUGGCAAGGACUGGAAACCAGGACAAACACCUGCCCCAGCUGCCGCUACCAACGACGCAGAGUCAGUCAACGCCAACAUAGUCAAGCAGGGAGAACUAGUGCGCGACCUCAAGGGCAAGAAGGCGGCCAAGCCAGAGAUUGACGCUGCUGUCAAGGUGCUGCUGGAGCUGAAAGCCCAGUACAAAUCCCUCACCGGACAGGACUGGAAACCAGGCACUGUAGCACCCGCUACAGGACCAGCUGCAGCUCCUUCCACUGCCAACGAUUCGGUAGGCAACAUCCUAGCUCAGAUCACCGCCCAGGGCGACAAAGUUCGAGAGCUGAAAACAGCCAAAGCCGACAAGGCCGCCAUCGACGCAGCCGUGAAGACGCUGCUCGGCCUGAAGGCGGACUACAAGGCAGCCACUGGCACCGACUGGAAGCCAGGCACCACAGCCCCUGCUCCAGCCCCGAUGGCAGUCAAAGUCAAGCAGGAAAAGUCUCCGGAGCCGGCUCCCCCGGCAGCCGUUAUCACAUUGCUGACAAAGAUCGCACAGCAGGGCGACAAGAUACGCGAUCUGAAGGCUGCCAAGUCGGAAAAGUCGCUAGUGGAGCCAGAAGUCAAGCUGCUGCUGGCCCUAAAAACGGACUACAAGUCGCUGACAGGGCAGGACUGGAAGCCAGGCACUGUGGCACCCGCUGCAGCGGCCACUCCAGUGGCUACUGUCGAUCUGACGGGAGGGGAUUCUGACAACGAUAUUUCAUCCGUUUUGACGAAGAUCCAGGCCCAGGGCGACAAGAUACGCCAACUAAAGUCGGCGAAGGCAGCAAAGGCCGCCAUUGAACCCGAAGUGAAGACACUGCUGGCCCUCAAGGGUGAAUACAAGACGCUGAGCGGCAAGGAUUGGACACCGGACGCCAAGGCAGAGCCCGCAGUCGUGAAAAAGGAAGCCAGUCCCGUGGAGAUGGCGUCGCCAGCCAAGGAUCAGCUGACGCUGGAAAUCAAUGCCCAGGGGGAGAAGGUGAGGGCGGUGAAGGGUGGCAAGGCAGCCAAGGAGGUGGUGGAUGCGGAAGUGGCCAAGCUGCUGGCCCUGAAAGCCAAGUACAAGGAGGUCACGGGCACAGACUUCCCUGUGGCCGGACGUGGAGGCGGCGGUGGUGGAGCUACGAAAAAGGCGCCCAAGGAGGCGGCGCAACCGAAGGCGGCAAAGCCCGUCAAGAAGGAGCCAGCGGCGGAUGCAGCGGCGGGCGGUGCCAAAAAGCAGACACGCCUGGGCCUGGAGGCCACCAAGGAGGAUAAUCUGCCCGAUUGGUACUCGCAGGUGAUCACCAAGGGCGAGAUGAUCGAGUACUACGACGUGUCCGGGUGCUACAUCCUGCGCCACUGGUCGUUCGCCAUCUGGAAGUUCAUCAAGCAGUGGUUCGAUGCCGAGAUCACGCGCAUGGGCGUCAAGGAGUGCUACUUCCCCAUCUUCGUCUCCAAGGCGGUCCUCGAGAAGGAGAAGACGCACAUAGCGGACUUUGCCCCCGAAGUGGCAUGGGUCACCAAGUCGGGCGACUCCGAUCUGGCCGAACCCAUUGCCGUGCGUCCCACCUCCGAGACUGUGAUGUAUCCCGCCUACGCCAAGUGGAUACAGUCCUACAGAGAUCUGCCCAUCCGCCUCAAUCAGUGGAACAAUGUCGUGCGCUGGGAAUUCAAGCAUCCGCAACCAUUCCUCCGUACGCGCGAGUUCCUCUGGCAGGAGGGCCACACGGCCUUCGCCGGCAAGGAGGAGGCCGACAAAGAAGUGCUGGACAUUCUCGAUCUGUAUGCUCUGGUCUACACGCAUCUGCUGGCCAUACCCGUGGUGAAGGGCCGCAAGACCGAGAAGGAGAAGUUCGCGGGCGGUGAUUACACCACCACCGUGGAGGCCUUCAUCUCUGCUUCGGGCCGUGCCAUCCAGGGCGCCACCAGCCAUCAUUUGGGGCAGAACUUCUCCAAGAUGUUUGAGAUCGUCUACGAGGACCCGGAGACGCAGCAGAAGCAGUAUGUCUUCCAGAACUCGUGGGGCCUCACCACGCGCACCAUCGGCGUGAUGGUCAUGGUGCAUGCCGACAACCAGGGCCUCGUGCUGCCUCCCAAUGUGGCCUGCAUCCAGGCGAUCGUUGUGCCCUGCGGCAUCACCGUCAACACCAAGGACGACGAGCGUGCCCAGCUGCUGGAUGCCUGCAAGAAGUUGGAGCAGCGACUGGUCGGUGCCGGAGUGCGCAGCGAGGGCGACUACCGCGACAAUUACUCGCCCGGCUGGAAGUUCAAUCACUGGGAGCUGAAAGGAGUGCCGCUGCGCCUCGAGCUGGGUCCCAAGGACCUGAAGGCCCAGCAGCUGGUCGCCGUGCGUCGCGACACCGGCGAGAAGAUCACCCUGCCCCUAGCCGAUGUGGAGAAGAAGAUCCCCGCUCUGCUCGAGACCAUCCACGAGAGCAUGCUGGCCAAGGCACAGGCGGAUCUCACCAGCCACACAAAGACCGUCAAGAGUUGGUCCGACUUUUGCAGCUUCCUCGAGCAGAAGAACAUCUUGUUGGCACCCUUCUGCGGCGAGACCCCGUGCGAAGACAAGAUCAAGGCGGACAGUGCCCGCGACGAGGAGGCCGAGCCUGGUGCUCCCUCCAUGGGUGCCAAAUCCCUGUGCAUACCCUUCGAACAGCCGGCCCCCAUUGCGGCCAGCGACAAGUGCAUCAAUCCCGGCUGCACCAACAAGCCCAAGUUCUACACGCUCUUCGGCCGCAGCUACUAAGCAGCAGAGCGCCGCUCGAAGCAUGGCUUCCUUCCUUUCUAUACUCUAUAAUUCUAUAACUAAAUUCGAUAUCCCCGCGAUUGAUAAACCAACCGAUCAACCGAUGUGUACUCUUAUC